GAAACUUCCUUCAAUGGUUUGCGAUCAAUACUUGGGACGAACAGCGUGCAACGAAUGUUGUCUCGCGAGUACUGUGCAUACUUUUGUGGCGUCUUCAGUUCUCUGACGCUCAGAGUGUUCCAUCUGAUAUACAAUAUAUCUUUUCUGCAUGUAUAUUCAUUUUUCCGUUGCAAAAUCCAUAUUUAUUUAUAUGCUGUGUAUAAAAUACUGCCCUGUAUAAAUGCUGCGUCUUGCGAGGAACGUUAUUGUCAGGGGAAAUAUUGGGAAACUCGUUGACAGUGUGAUCGCUGAAUUUUUCAUCUUGCAGCGCGCCUAGGUGCGCAAUAUUUUUACAAGGACGGCAAAGAUGAAGAGACAAAAUGUCAGAACUCUGUCGUUGGUAGUAUGCACAUUUACAUAUCUACUUGUUGGCGCCGCGGUAUUUGAUGCCCUUGAAUCGGACACUGAGAGAAAACGCUGGGAAUUUCUCUCGGAGAUACGCAAUAAUUUUAUAAAAAAGUACAAUAUUACGCCAGAGGACUACAAAAUGGUCGAAAUUGUUAUAAUGGAGAACAAACCACAUAAAGCGGGGCCGCAGUGGAAAUUCGCGGGUGCCUUCUAUUUUGCCACUUUAGUAUUAGCCAUGAUUGGUGAGUUAACUGUAAUUGCACUUUUUUUAGCAAAUCAAAUUAAAAAAAAUUUUAACUAUAUAAAAGAUAGACAUAAAUUUAAAUUGAAUUGAAUUUAAUUAUGUUCCAUAUUA